UGCGCCCGCAACCAAGCGUAAACAAAUAGCGGGAUUGGCGGCUCAGCGUCCUUCUCCGCAUCACAGUUGAGCACAGGCGACAGACCCAUGGCACCCGAGCGCAACUUAGCAGCAAUAUCUGGGUGUCCUCCCCCGAUGCCCUUCCCAAACCCGUCCGCUGCGCGAAGCCAGGCGAAGCCUCCGUCACCACGAGUCCUCCAGCCCCCCUCACGUCGGGAGCGCUGCUCCUUGCUUCAAGCUUUGCGGUCUAUCAUCAGCUGAUCCAGCGCUUUCGCGCUCUAGACAUGGAAACCACCGUCGAGACCACGGCUCACCGCCCCUCAGGUCUCCGGCCUCCAAGCCGAGCGUUCGGGCUGCACGAGAUAUCCGAAUCCCAAAGCAACGCCCGCGCUGCCGCCAAAUCAACGAUGCUGCCCCCACCCCAGGUCAACUUGGGGAGCAAGCGGAUAAACAGCGAAUUCCCCCAACCAGAUGCGAAGCAGCGCAAGACCCUCGCUGAGAGGGGAGGAGAGUGCUAUGCAGCCAAACCGAGCGUGUCAGCCACUCCCGCUCCGAGAGGACACGUCAAGGCCACAUCAAUCGUUGGCCUAUCAGGAAUACGACCGCCAUCUGCCGCCGGCAUGAGCUCGCUUGCGACCAAGGCACCCACAGCCAGCGCAGCCUCGAGACAACCACCCAAAAAUAGCUACGCCUUCAGUGUCGGCCCGGGCGCACGCCCACCCACUGCCGCGGCUGCUCGCCAACCACCCUCUUCCUUCGCGAAAUCGAUCAGCGGCGCGUCCCGAGGCGCUGCUCGGACACGUCCGGCCACUGCUUUCGGAGCUUAUGGGGACAUCGAGGAGGCGCCACUGGCCGCCUCGAGCCAACAAAACGCAUGGGACGUUGAUGAGAGGUUGAACGAAGUCGAAUCGCAAUGGAAGGCCAUGAAGGAUGUCAUGAAUCUAUCCAUGAACGAGAGGAAGGCCAUGGAGCAGGUAGUCGAGCUAGCCACCAGCAAGGCAGAAGGCCUGGAAAAAGAGAGAGAAAAGCUCGACGCCGAGCUUGCCGGGCUACGACACCAGGUCCAGACACUAACCCUAGAUCUCGAGACGGAGCGGCGCAGCCACAAGUUCGAACUGGAUGGCCAGGCACGAGACCACCAGCACGAGCUCGAGAGGCUUCGGAGGGAAGUCGAGGACCAGAUGACCAGAGCACAGCGGAGGGAAAGCGAGGCUGUCGAGGCAGCGGAGCGUCGGUUCCGGGCACAGCUGGAGGAGGAGAGGGCACGAAACGAAAGACAGAUGGGCGAGAUACGCUCGCAGCUCGGCUCGAAGCAACAAGAGGCCAGCCGAGCAAUGCACGAGAAAGACCGGGACAUUGACGAGAUGCGCUCCCAGAUCGAGAGGUUAAAGGGGGAUCUCGACCGCGAAGUCACUCUCAAGGACGGCGUCCAGAAGGCGGUCAUCGAGAUGACGACGGCAAACCUGACGCUUGAGGCCCAGAUCCAGCAGCUCACGGGCAAGGUCAGGUUUCUCGAGUCCAGCAACCAGCAGCAAUCCGACUCGUUCAGCGAGAUGGAAGCCCGCCUCCAGGAGGCGCUCGACAUCGCCGAGACGGCUCGCGAGAAGCUCAUCAAGGAGGAGACGGAGCGCCGGGUUCUCUUCAACAAGUACCAGGAGCUCAAGGGCAAUAUCCGUGUCAUGUGCAGAGUGCGCCCCGUUCUCGGCCCCUCCGAGGGCGCGGCCGCCACCCUUGACUUCCCUGACCUCAAGACGUCGGCCCAGCUCGACGUCACAGGUCCCGAGGAACGCAGCGCCACGGGCAACAUCAGCCGCAAGACGAUGCCAUUCGAGUUCGACCGCGUCUUCACGCCCCAGACGCAGAACGAGGAGAUCUUCGGAGAGAUCUCGCAGCUGGUGCAGAGCGCGCUGGACGGCUACAACGUAUGCAUAUUCUGCUACGGUCAGACAGGGUCGGGCAAGACCUUCACCAUGUCCAGCGCCGACGGCAUGAUCCCGAGGGCCGUUCACAUGAUCUACGACGAGGCGGAGCGGCUCAGAGACAAGUCCUGGAGCUACCAAAUGGUCGGGUCGUUCAUUGAGGUGUACAACGAGGAGCUUCACGACCUUUUGGCGGCCGAGGGCGUUCGGAGAAAGCUCAGUAUCCAGCACGACGAUGUCCGAAAGCAGACUACGGUGGUUAACUGCCGCACCGUCCCGCUCGACUCGGCCGGGCGCGUAGAGCAGAUGCUAGAGGAGGCACAGAGCAACCGCUCAGUGGCAGCGACCAAGGCCAACGAGAGGUCAUCGCGGUCGCACUCGGUCUUCGUCCUGAAGCUCGUGGGCGAGAACGCAGCGACGGGAGAGCGGUGCGAGGGCACGCUGAACCUGGUGGAUCUGGCAGGCUCGGAGCGGCUGAAGCACUCGCAGGUCGAGGGCGACCGGAUGCGCGAGACGCAGAACAUCAACAAGUCGCUGUCGUGCCUCGGCGACGUCAUCGAGGCGUUAGGCAAGGGGCAGGGCCACGUCCCGUACCGCAACUCCAAGCUGACGCACCUGCUGCAAUACUCGCUUGGUGGCAACUCCAAGACUCUCAUGUUUGUCAUGGUCAGCCCGCUCGAGGCGCACUUGAAGGAGACCAUCACGAGCUUGCGGUUCGCGACCAAGGUCCACAACACACACAUUGGCACGGCCAAGUCAACAAAGAAGCUGCGGGACCACCGAGACUCUACGUAGACGUGUCUGCACCACACAACGAGCGCCAUGCGGGGGGUGUUGAGCCCGAGCCACGCAAGGUUUCCAUGAUCGUGCAUAUUCACCACAUAUCCGGGCACCUGAUUAGGUAUAUGAUUUCUCAAGGGGGUAAAACAAGCGGUGCCUGCGAGUCGGCGAGCUCGAGUUCUGGUUAAACGGGGUUUCAUUGGCAUGUUCUCGACCUGGCAUCCCACCAGCAAGGGAUGACGACUGGACAAGCAAAGCUGUAGUCGGGCUCGAUGGCUUCAGCUGGAGUUAGUGUUUUGUUUUCUAGGCGGAAGGGGUUUCGGUUUUCCGUCGGUUUCUUGUCGGCCGCCUCGUCCGAGUCUGCCGUUUUCUGGCAUCUCACAUUUUCCAUGUGGCCUGUUCUAUUUUCUUUGAUGUGCGGGAUUGUAUAUCAUCUCUUACUGUCCCUUCCCCAGCCAGCAAUGAAUCAUGAACACAAACACAAGAUCAAAAGGUCGAGGCUAUCGA